AUGGGAGCGGAGUCCGGUGAGGUCCACGCCGUCGUCGAGCGGGCGGAUUUCGACGCGUGGACGGGCGAGGAGCGUCGGGCGCGGGGGCUCCCUGUGCGGCUGCAGAUCGCCCAGCAGUGCCUGCUCUACCGCGUGUCGACCAUGACGGAGAAGGAACUCUACACAACGCUGCUGACGGAGAUGAAUCAGGCCACGCUUGAGUUCUUAAGGGAGCUUCGUCAUCACCAUAGCUUUGAGGCCUGCCGGAUCGAAUCGAUGCACUUCACCGGCUGUGAAUUUCAGGCGGAUGGACAGAAGUUGUACGUUUACUACGAAUCCAGCGAGUCUGUGCGGUUUCUCGAGCUAGCGACUUACCUCCAUCAUAUUUUUCACUGUCGUAUUUGGAUUCAGGAGACGUCUACGAAUAGUAUAGAAACGGAGAGCUCAAAAAAAAAAAGGAAGAUUAAACUGCUAAAGUUCUGCUUGAUCUUUAGACGCUCCUUUUUUUUCUAG